UAAGUAACUAACUAAUUUAACAUCUUAAACUCAGUGACAAGUGAACUUAAUUAUUCUCUCUUCUCAUGCUCUCCCAUCUAAAUACGUAACGUUAGCUAAGCCCGUCUGAAUAGAUUUGAUUAACCAACAGUGUAGCUAGCUGCCAGAGCCCCCAAUAGAGAAUGCGAAUGUGACGUAACGCUCGCUUGUGAAUUAGCAGAACUUGAACAGGGGACUUUCUAAACUGCUUAAAGUGGCUUAAUGUACCAAGACAGUGAUGAAGACAAAAUUGUAAAGCAUAUACUAUAUGCAGAUACGCAUAUAAGCUCAAAAUGUGAACGCAACGCGUUUAUUUACAUUAAGCAUUUUCCUCUCAUAAGAACAAAUGCACCGAGACAGUGAUAGUAAAAGAAAACAUUCUGUACACACCUUACCAAUAAAUCAUAAGAUGUGCAGAAAAACAGAUGAGCCCCAAUAAUAUCUUAAUCCAUAAGCGCUUUCUACAUUAUGGUUUUCUGAGGGAAACGCUUAAUGUUUAAACAUGUCGCGUUAAUAUUCUGGCUCACCUGCAUAUCUUUUUGCAUCACUGUCUUAGUACAUUAAACCAGCAUUUAAAAAUGCUACAAAACUGUUCACAAGCUCCUAGGGAUUUGAUUUUGCUUGUCAUUUGUUGAAAUAAAUAUAAAAAGUACAGUGAGUUUGUGACUGUUCGCUGAAUGUGAUCCACAAUCUCUGAUUCUCCUCCGUGGCGUGGAAAAAUGAUUUAUAAUGGCAACAAUUAUACUUUAUCAUUAAAAAAAAACCCGUUUCCAACAAAGAAAUGGAUCGACUUCUGUCAGCUUGUUGAACAAACACUUUAUUUGGAUAAUUUAAUAUGAUGGCUGAAGCAGGUGACACUGUUUUCACGGUAACUAAUCAGAUCAACAUUGUAAAUGAAAUUCUACAAAACCUAAGAAAAAAAAAUCUAAUUAUCAUGCAAUGCGACAAAUUAGCUUCUCUUCCCUGCAAAGGAUACAAUGGAGAAUGAAUAUUGUUUAACUUAAAGGCAAAAACAAAACAAAAGAUAAGCAGUUAUCAGUAUAGCGAAUGAGAAGUAACCAUGGGAACGGACAGUGUAUCCUGCUAAUAUGGCGGCGCCUUCCCGAAAUGCAACGCGGAGUGAAAAGACUGUGACGUAAUCCUCAUUCUCUAUAGUAGUAGUAAUAGUAAUGUGUGUGCGUGCGUGCAUCAAUUAAAGCAUAUAUAUAUCUUGAAAUCUUGUUUUGCUAUUGCUGACAUUUCUGAGCGGUUUCCCCAGUGUGUUUUCCUGUUGACUACCUGGACUGUUUAUUCUCAUCUGACCGUUUGCUGCCUGCCUUAUUGACCCUGCCUGCCUUUUGACUCUGUUUAUGAAUUUGCCUUGCCUACAUUGCUCUUGAUAUUGUUUGAACUUUGCCUGUCUGACCUCUUCUUUGUAUUAAUAAAAGCUGCACAUGGAUCUGAAAAACGCGUGGGUUGGCUGCAUCUGUGUUUAAACGAUCUCGUCUGAAACCUGAGUUAUAUAACACUGUUGAUGGCAAAGUUAUUGUUGAGGAUGAAUUCCUACAUUUUCUUGCUGUUAAAAUUAAGACUCUUAGUCAGGACAAAAUUGUCCUGUUGGCUGCAAAGACGUUUGAUUCUUAUUGGAUUGAGGCCUCAAAGAAGGUACUGUUUGAAUUAUGUCCUACAACACAACGGAAUGUUUCUCACAAAGGGCCACAGAAAGACGUUAAUAACAUAAAAAGCUGUCUUAAAGUGAUGAACGAAUGCGGUGAAGAUAUUCCCUGAUUUGUUUCAUAUUAUCUGGAUGAGUUGCCGCCAGUGUCCUUUGAUAGCAUUGAUGUCUCAAGUUUGCUUGGAAGAAUGGAGCAGCUGAGUGCUUUGUACUAUGAAACACGCACUACAACUUCAUGCUAAUGUUGGUGAAGAUCUACGAGCCAUUACAGUGGAUAUUAAUCGAAGAGUGUGUGCUCUGGAGCAAUCGACAGAUCCGACACAAGGCGGUGGCUCGGAGGUGUCGGCAGCAAUGGUCAGAGCUACACGGACCGAGGGUACGGCACUCAGGGCCACAUCGGCGGAAACUUUGGAGACGGGAGUUGGCGAAGGAGCCGCGGUGGCAAGGUCCUUAUCUUUGAAUGCUCAGAGAGUGGAAAGUACUGUGACAAUGGAGGGAGCUACAGGAUUAACAUCUUCCUCAGAUUCUCCGAAGUGGAGUCGUGUGGUGAAAAAGGGCCGUCGACAAGGUUUUGAGAAUGCUGCUGUAACUAAAUCAAGAUCGCUUCCUGUCAUUCUCAGGCAGAAAAAGAAGUCAGGUAAUGUCAUGUCUGUUGUUGGUACUGGAGCUGUGGGCAACAUCAGAAUGGUCAAGACCAAACUGGUGAGUGUUUUUGCCUCCAAGUUUACACCUGACUUGGAUGCCUUGACUCUGGCUGAGUAUUUGCAAGAAAAACUUGGUUGCGAUGUUGCUUGUCAGAAGAUUGAAACUGUUCAAAGCAGAUACAGUUUAUUUAAAGUAUCUGCUGAAUGUAAUGAAGUCAGUGAAAUGUAUGACCCGCAGAUCUGGCCCGAAGGGGCUUUUGUUAGAUGCUAUUAUGAGCCGUGUAGGGUGGGAGUCAUCGGGUCUAAUUCUGCACCAGUCGCUGGGGAAAGUGUGCACCCUGGGGUAGAAUAACUAAGUAUUGGUGCCCCCCAUGGACAUUCGAGUUGUGUCAUAUAACUGUCGUGGUCUGCGCGUGGGCCAGAGUGAUGGGGAUAAAGCUCGCCGUAUGGUUGUGGACAGUCUUUUGGAGAAUUGUGACAUUUUAUGCUUGCAAGAGACAUUUUUAACAAUGCAAGAUUUGGAUAAAUUGAAUUUUCUUAAUGAUAACUUUAAUGGUGCUGGUGAAUCAACAACAGAUCUUGGUAUGGAUUUAAUUAAAGGUAGGAUAUCUGGGGGUGUAGCCAUACCGUGGAAAAAAAAGUUAGACUCGCUGGUUAAGGUGGUUAGACUGGAUCUUAAUUGGUGUAUUGCAAUACAGAUUACUUAUCAAGAUAAGAAAUGUAUUAUUCUAAAUGUGUAUACACCUUACGAAUGCCAUCAUAAUGAAGAUGAGUACUUAAAUAGACUAGCUUUUAUCAGUUCUUUUAUUGAAAGUUCUACUAUUUCCAGUGUGUAUGUCAUUGGGGACAUGAAUGCGGACAUUUCAGACAGUAAGUCAUUAUUUUCUGUUCAUAUUGUUCAGUUUUGCCAGGAUAAUAAUCUCAUUUUGUCAAGUGAAGUGUGUUUAUCUGUAGAUAGCUAUACUUAUGUUAGUGAGGCUUGGAAUACUACAUCAUGGUUGGACCAUUGUAUUAGUACAGCAGAUGCACAUGCCUCGUUGAGGGAUAUGAGUAUCUUAUAUGAUACAGUAACAACUGAUCAUAUACCUGUGUCUAUGGUGAUAAAUGUUGAUUAUUUCAUAGCGAUGUCUAAUAAUGAAAGUAAUAUCAAUGAAGUAAAAAUGGAUUGGUCAGCACUUACAAAGGAGGACUUUUUAGCCUAUUAUGUAAGUACAGAUAAAUGCCUGAGUAAUAUUCGUUUACCUAGGGAUGCAAUGAUGUGUAGUGAUGUUAACUGUAAAGAUGUAAAUCAUCAAAGGGAUAUCUGUUCAAUGUAUAAUGAUAUAGUUAAUGCCUUGCAUGGUUGUAGUAAGCCAUUUAUUAAAUCAAAGGGUAUAAUGAAUAAGACUAAGCCUGGAUGGAGUAAAUAUGUAGCUGAAUCCCAGGAAGCUCAUAAGUUAUGGGUUAUGGCAGGUAGACCUAGGCAAGGGCCUGAGCUUGAAUAUAAGAAAUCUAAAAAUUUAAGAUAUAAGUAUGCCAUUCGUUUUAUCUGUAAUAUUGAGCAAACCUUAAGGGCUGAUUCUAUGGCUAUGAAGCUGCAUAAUAUUACUGAUUUUUGGAAAGAAGUUAGAACUUUUAAUAGUUGCAGAGUAUCGCUUCCUUGUACUUUAGAUGGAGUUUCUGAGGCAGAGAAUAUUGCGGAAUUAUGGAGACAACAUUAUUGUAGUCUUUUUAAUUGCAUUCAAAAUGAAUUGUAUAAUGUGGACAAUAUUCAAGUUAAUGAUCCGAUAGUGAUGGAUCAAGUUAUAAGUAAAUUAUCUCAAAAUAAAGCUAGUGGACUAGAUAAUAUUUCUGCUGAACAUCUUAAGUAUGGAAGUAAGAGGAUAGCCCCUCUAUUAGCUGUUUGUUUUACUGGCUUUUUGAUUCAUAGUGUCUUACCAGAUUCAAUGUUGUCUGUUCUUUUAGUACCAGUUAUUAAGAACAAAGCUGGAAUGGUAGGUAACCUAGACAAUUAUAGACCUAUACCCUUGGCUUGUAUCCUGUCUAAAGUGCUGGAAAACAUCUUGUUGGAUAGGUUAAAUGUGUUUAUUAAUUCUACAGACAACCAGUUUGGAUUUAAGGCUAAACAUGGUACUGAUCUCUGCAUUUAUGCAUUAAAGGAAAUAGUAAACAAGUAUAGAGAUAAAAAUUCAUCAGUUUUUAUGUGUUUCAUUGAUGCAUCUAAAGCUUUUGAUCGGGUUAACCAUGCCAAAUUAUUUUUUUAAAUGAGACAAAGAGGGGUGCCAGAAUACAUUGUGAGAAUCCUGGCUUAUUGGUAUGGCCACCAGAUGAUGCGAGUAAAAUGGGGCAAUAAGGUCUCUGCCCAUUUUGGGGUUUGUAAUGGUGUGAGACAAGGAGGGAUUUUGUCCCCAAUUCUGUUUAAUCUUUACAUGGAUGAGCUUUCUGAAUGUUUGAGUGUCUGUAAAACUGGUUGUAUGAUUGGGAAUAUGUUAGUGAAUCAUAUUAUGUAUGCAGAUGAUCUUGUGGUGUUUAGUCCUAGCAGUGCUGGUCUUCAACAGCUUUUAACUAUGUGUUCUGUUUACAGUCUUGAACAUGAUAUUUUAUAUAAUCCAGCUAAGAGUGUGGUUAUGAUUUGUAGAACUAAUGAGGAUAAAAGUAUCAAUUUUCCAGUUUUUAAGUUGUCUAACAAGAGUCUCACUGUGUGUGAGAAAGUAAAAUACCUUGGACAUUUUAUCACUGAAUGUAUGACAGAUGAUGAGGAUAUUGAAAGACGACGCCGUUUGAUAUACAGUAUAUGCAGGCAAAUAUACUUUUACGUAAAUUUAGUUUUUGUUCAGAUGAGGUGAAGGUGUCACUUUUUAAAGCAUACUGUACAACACUUUAUACUGCUCAUUUGUGGUGUAACUACAGAGCAUCUAGUCUACAGAAGUUGCAAGUAGCUUAUAAUGAUGCAAUGAGAAUCUUACUACGGAGGCCUAGAUGGCAUAGUGCAAGUGAAAUGUUUGUGAGUGUAAGAGUGAUCACUUUUAAAGCACUGUUACGAAAUCUUAUGUAUAGAUUUAUCUGCAGGCUUAAUGCUCCAAAAAUGAGAUUAUUUUGGGUUUAUCAAGUAUAGGGGUUAGUACUACACGGUAUCAGUCAAAGUUGUAAUGGGUAAUGCUUUAUUUACUAUGCAGUGACCUUGACUUUGGAGCUCCUGCCGGUUGUUUCACCUUCCACACUGGACCUUGCUGGUGAGAGAGAACUUGAAGAAGCCCCCCUGGAGCUUGAGAUGAAUUUAUCCCAGAUCCUGUUAGAUGGCAACCCUCCUCUGUGCCAAAAUCCCAAGCCAAAAAGGUUCUGUGGAGGAGAUGAUUGACAUACAGGCCCAGCUGCUGAAAGAAGUAGCUGCACUCCGAAAAGUUCAGGAGGAGUUGCUUCAGGUGGAGAGAGAGAGGCUUGAAAUAGAGAGACACACACUAGAAAUAAAGAAACGUAAACUGCAGUAAUUCAACAAAUAUUUAUUUAUUAUAUACGAAUAUUAUGUAUUAUAUACAUUACAUACAAAUAUUUAUUCUGCAGAAUUGUAGUUCAAGAAAUGUAUCUUAUAAUAUUAUAAUAUAAAUAUAUCUUUUAUGACAGAAUUGUAAUAAAUAAUUUGACUGUAUUGUAAUAAUUUACUUAUAAUAAAAUAUAUUUUAUAU